UCCCUCUGUCAUUCCACUGUCCCUUGUACCAUGGGGCCUGCCUCAGAUCCCAGCCUGCUGCUGCUGCUGAGCAGUCUCCCCCUGGUCCUGGGGAACCCCAUGUUCUCCAUAAUCACCCCCAACAUCCUGCGGCUGGAGAAUGAGGAGACGGUGGUGCUGGAGGCCCACGGUGGGACAGGUAACAUUCCUGUCAAGGCCAACAAUCUCUAUAUCCCUCCUUUUGGAGCCCUUUCCCCUCCAAGCCCCCUCUUCAAUCAAAUCCCGGCCAGCAAGGAGUUAAAAUCACAGAAGGACAAGUUUGUGAGUGUCCAGGCAGUCUUUGGGAAAGUUUCAGUGGAGAAGGUGGUGCUAGUCAGCCUUCAGAGCGGGUAUCUCUUCAUCCAGACAGACAAGACCAUCUAUACCCCAGGCUCCACAGUCCUCUAUCGGAUCUUCACUGUGGACCACAAGCUGCUGCCUGCGAACCAGAAGGUUAUCGUCAGCAUUGAGACACCCGAAGGCAUUCUCAUCAAGCGGGACUUCCUCUCUUCUCAAAACCACAUUGGCAUCUUGUCCUUGUCUUGGAACAUCCCAGAGCUGGUCAACAUGGGGCAGUGGAAGAUAAAAGCCCACUAUGAAGAUUCGCCACAGCAGGUCUUCUCGGCUGAGUUUGAGGUGAAGGAAUAUGUGCUGCCUAGUUUUGAGGUCCAAGUGGAGCCUGCAGAGAAAUUCUACUACAUUGAUGACCCUAAGGGCCUGGAGGUCACCAUUACAGCCAGGUUCUUGUAUGGGAAGGAUGUGGAUGGAACAGCCUUUGUCAUCUUUGGGAUCCAGGAUGGUGACCAGAGGAUUUCACUGUCCCAGUCACUGACUCGUGUUGUGAUCGAGGAUGGCACUGGAGAGGCUGUGCUGAGCCGAGAGGUCCUGAUGAGUGCAGCUCCGCAGCCCCCGGGAGAAGCUGCCCUAGUGGGAAAGUCAUUGUAUGUGUCUGUCACCGUCAUCCUACACUCAGGCAGCGACAUGGUGGAGGCAGAGCGCAGCGGGAUCCCCAUCGUGACCUCCCCCUACCAGAUCCACUUCACCAAGACGCCCAGAUUCUUCAAACCUACCAUGCCCUUUGACCUCAUGGUGUAUGUGACGAACCCUGAUGGCUCCCCCGCUGGCCGCGUCCCUGUGGCCACUCAGGGCUCCAAUCAAGUGCAUUCUGUGACCCGCGAUGAUGGCCUGGCUAAGCUCACCAUCAACACACACAAGAGCCUGAAGCCCCUGUUGAUCACUGUACGCACAAUGAAGGAGGGCCUCCCGGAGGGGCGACAGGCUUCCAAUCAAAUGCAGGCCCUACCCUACAGUACGAUGGGCAACUCCAACAACUACCUGCACCUAUCCACGGCCGCCACAGAGCUCAAGCCAGGGGACACGCUCAAUGUCAACUUUGUCCUGCAAAUGGACCCUGGCCACGAUGCCAAUGUCCGAUACUUCACCUACCUGGUCAUGAACAAGGGGAAGCUGUUGAAGGUGGGACGCCAGGUGCGAGAGCCCGGCCAGGUCCUGGUGGUGCUGCCUCUGACCAUCACGACAGAGUUUAUUCCUUCCUUCCGCCUGGUGGCCUAUUACACACUGAACAAUGGAGGUCAGAGGGAGGUGGUAGCUGAUUCCGUGUGGGUGGAUGUCAAAGAUUCGUGUGUGGGCACGCUGGUGGUGAAAAGUGCCAUGGAGGAGGAAAAGCAUCAGCAUCUACCUGGACAACAGAUAUUGCUCAAGAUUGAGGGUAACCAGGGGGCUCGAGUGGGGCUGGUGGCCGUGGACAAGGGCGUGUUUGUACUGAAUAAGAAGAACAGGUUGACUCAGAAAAAGAUCUGGGACACAGUGGAGAAGGCAGACAUUGGCUGCACACCAGGCAGUGGAAAGAACUAUGCGGGAGUCUUUACAGAUGCUGGGCUGGGCUUCCAGAGCUCAUGGAGGAGAGGAUGGGCAAAGGUGGGAGCCCUCAUCCGCCUCCCCUACCCUUACACCCUGUCCUUUGAGAUCCCAGCAAAGUGGGAGGAGGGGAUGGCCUGGACCUGGGCAGCGGGUGAGUACCCCAGCAAGGAGCUGCGCAAGUGCUGUGAGGGCGGUAUGCGGGAGAACCCCAUGAGGUCCAGGGCGCAGUUCAUCCUCCAGGACAAGGCCUAUGUGGACGCCUUCCUGGACUGCUGCAGCUACAUCACCAGGCAGCGGCUGGAGCACAGCCGGGACAGUGACCUGGGCCUGGCCAGGAGUGACCUGGAUGAUGAUAUCAUGCCGGAAGAAGACAUCCUUUCCAGAAGCGAGUUCCCUGAGAGCUGGCUGUGGAAGAUGGAGGUGUUAGAGGACCCAGAGAAAAAUGGAGUCUCCUCCAAGACCAUAGAGGUGAUUUUGAGAGACUCCAUCACCACCUGGGAGAUCAUGGCUGUGAGCUUGUCUGACAGGAAAGGGAUCUGUGUGGCUGACCCCUAUGAGGUGACAGUGGUGCAAGAUUUCUUCAUCGACCUGCGGCUGCCCUACUCUGUGGUUCGUAACGAACAGGUGGAGAUCCGAGCCGUCCUCUACAACUACCGGGAAGAAGAUACACUCACGGUGAGAGUAGAAAUGCUCUACAAUCCAGCCUUCUGCAGCUUGGCCACUGCCAAGAAGCGUCACCUGCAGACUGUAACCAUCCCUCCCAAGUCCUCGCUGGCCGUGCCUUAUGUCAUUGUACCACUGAUGGUCGGCUUGCAGGAGGUAGAGGUCAAGGCCACUGUCUAUCGGUACUUCAUCACCGACGGUGUAAGGAAGACCCUGAAGGUCGUGCCUGAAGGAAUCAGAAUGAACAAGACUGUGGCCGUUAAGACACUGGAUCCACAACACCUGGGCCAGAACGGUGUGCAGCGAGUGGAGGUCGAGGCUGCAGACCUCAGUGACCAAGUCCCUGACACAGAGUCGGAAACCAGGAUCCUCCUGCAGGGGACCCCAGUGGCCCAGAUGGCAGAGGACGCCAUCGAUGGGCAGCGUCUGAAGCACCUCAUUGUGACCCCUUCGGGCUGUGGAGAGCAGAACAUGAUCGGCGUGACGCCCACGGUCAUCGCAGUGCACUACCUGGACCACACUGAGCAGUGGGACAAGUUUGGCCUUGACAAGCGGAAGGAGGCCGUGGAACUCAUGAAGAAGGGGUACACGCAGCAACUGGCCUUCAGGCAACCCAACAAGGCCUUCGCGGCCUUCCUGAAUAUGAAGCCCAGCACCUGGCUGACAGCCUACGUGGUCAAGGUCUUCUCUCUGGCCGCCAACCUCAUCGCCAUCGAUUCUGAAGUCAUCUGUGGGGCUGUCAAGUGGCUGAUCCUGGAGAAGCAGAGGCCUGAUGGAGUCUUCCAGGAGGAUGGGCCCGUGAUACACCAAGAAAUGAUUGGUGGCUACAGGCACGCUGAGGAGAAAGAUGUGUCCCUCACAGCCUUCGUUCUCAUCGCACUGCAGGAGGCUAAAGAUAUUUGUGAGAGACAGGUCAACAGCAUUGGGGGCAGCAUCAAUAAGGCCGGACGCUUCCUUGAAGCAAACUACAAGAACUUGAAGAGACCAUAUGCUGUGGCCAUUGCUGGCUAUGCCCUGGCCCGGUUGGGCAAGCUGGAGGGCCCUCUCCUCAACACAUUUCUGAAAGCAGCCACAGAUAAGAACCGCUGGGAGGAGCCUGGCCAAAGGCUCCACACUAUAGAGGCCACAUCCUAUGCCCUGUUGGCUCUGCUGCUGCUCAAAGACUUUGACUCUGUAUCUCCUGUUGUGCGCUGGCUCAACGAGCAGAGAUACUACGGAGGUGGCUAUGGCUCCACCCAGGCCACUUUCAUGGUGUUCCAAGCCUUGGCCCAAUACCAGAGGGAUGUCCCUGACCAUGAGGAUCUGAAUCUGCAUGUGUCCAUUAACCUGCCCAGCCGCAGCUCUGCGGUCACGCACCGCAUCCUCUGGGAAUCCGCUAGCCUCCUGAGAUCAGUAGAGACCAAGGAAAAUGAGAACUUCACAUUAACAGCUAAAGGGAAAGGACAAGGCACCUUGUCGGUGGUGACAAUGUACCAGGCCAAGAUCAAAGGUGGUGCCCCUUGCAAGAAGUUCAGUCUCAGUGUUAAGCUGCGACCAGCCCCUGAAGGUAGAAGGAAUAAAGACCCUAUCUGUCUCCCUUCCCCCACUGCCAUUCUAGUGUCUGCCCUGCUCCUGAAUCAGGACACAGACAGAUUACUCACCUCUUCCUUUUCCCAGAUCUCACACGAUCAAGAGGACUGUGUAUCCUUCAAAGUUCACCAGUACUUUAAUGUGGGGCUCAUCCAGCCAGGGGCAGUCAAGGUGUACUCCUAUUACAACCUGGAUGAGACUUGUACCCGGUUCUACCACCCGGAGAAGGAAGAAGGAUUGCUGAGUAAAAUCUGCCACAAUGAAAUAUGCCGCUGUGCUGAGGAGAGCUGCUUCAUGCACCAUUCAGAGGACCAGGUCACCCCAGAUGACCGGCUGGACAAGGCCUGUGAGCCGGGAGUGGACUAUGUAUACAAGACCCUUCUGCUCAGGAAGGAGCUGUCCGAUGAUUUUGACGAGUACAUAAUGGUCAUCAAGCAGAUCAUCAAAUCAGGCACCGACGAGGUGCAGCCUGAACAGGAGCGCAGGUUCAUCAGCCAUGUCAACUGCAGAGCAGCCCUGAAGGUGCAGGAGGGGAAACACUACCUCAUAUGGGGCCUCUCCUCAGACCUGUGGGGAGAAAAAUCCAACAUCAAGUACAUCAUCGGGAAGGACACCUGGGUAGAGCUGUGGCCUGAAGCGGACGAAUGCCAAGACGAUGAGAACAAGAAGCUGUGCAGGGACCUGGCCAGCUUCAGAGAGAGCAUGAUCGUCUUUGGCUGUCCCAACUGAGCCCCCCUCCAGCACCCCCCUAAUAAAGCUUCAGUUGUAUUCCAUGUGAUCUCCCAAA